GGUAUAGAACCAGUGCGACAAGUUAGUAAGCACCCAGCUCGAGGUGUUGAUCUGACAGCGUUUGAUAAUGAAAACGUAGGCCGCGCACGUGGAUAUGCACCAAAUUCCAUACAAGAUGGCCCAUGGGCGAAAUUCAAUCGGCGAGUGGAGUCGUUCAAAGAUUAUUUGGUGGGUAAAGGCUUUACCUUUCUGCGGAACGUCCCUGCGAUGGUCAUUCUGAUCGUACUCAUCAUCCUAAUUCUGCUCAUAUUUCUUCUCUUAUGGGCUGUCUUCGCAUGGCUGUUCGGUCGUGCUCAGAUUCCACAGGAGGUCCUCGAUAUGCAACGAACGCACAGCGUUUGGCCACCAGUCGAAAAUGACAGACCUUUGGCAUUACGAUUGGUUUCAUCCAAUGCUCUUCUACCACCGAAUGUGUCUGUCUGUGAUGGCUAUGGUUUUUCAUGCACGAAUCUUCCGAAUCUUGUCAUUGGUACAUUACAAAGAUGCGACGGAGUAGCAGAUUGCCCGGACGGUAGUGAUGAGAUAGGCUGUAAAGUUUGCCAGACGGCAUUCAGUUGCUUGGCCCCAAUCGCAACGUCUGCAAAUAUGAUUAAAAGCCAGCAACAACUGAUCUGUUUACGAGGUUCAAGUCUAUGUGAUGGUGUUAAAGACUGUGCUGAUGGCAGCGAUGAAAAUCAUUUCUGUCGUAAGACCAAAUGUGAAAAUGCUAGCGAUUUGAAAUGCCAUGGUGCUGGAGGACUACCGAUGUGUUUGCCAGAAUCGAUGGUUUGCGAUGGUGACGAGCACUGUCGAAAUGCUGAAGAUGAGACAAAUUGUGUUGGUAAAUGCAAAUUUGGUUCAAAAUGGUGUAAAUUAACCAAGCGAUGUGUACCAAAAUGGCAAAUUUGCGAUGGUAUCAGCAAUUGUGCGGAUGGUUCCGAUGAAAAGGAUUGUAAUUGCAAAGAAUGUUGUGGGACUGGGAAAGCGUUGUGUGAAAGAUCAAAUAUGUGUUUGAGUCGUUCGCGUAUUUGUGAUGGUGUUGAGGAUUGCCCGGAUGGGGAUGAUGAGAAGAGAUGCCCGGGGAGUUGCCCACAAUUACCCGCAAAUACCAUGGAUGACGAGUUGAUACAGUGCUCGGAUGGUAAGCGUUACAGUCGUAAAUAUGCAUGCAGUGGCUUACUGAAACAGUGUGAGGGAAAAUGUUCGGAAUGCGAUGCAGAAAGUUCAUUUAAGUGCUUAAACAAUACUAAGUGCAUUCCUAGAGUGAAGCUUUGCGAUGGCAAUAGCGAUUGUGGCGACAACUCAGAUGAAGCAAAUUGUGAUUGUGAUCAGUUGCGAAGAAUGGGUGAAGUAUUUCAAUGUGGUGCAAGUUCGAUCGGCCCUAAUACUAAAUGCAUACCUGCUCGGCGUCGUUGUGAUGGCUAUGAGGAUUGUGCAGGCGGCGAAGAUGAACGUAAUUGCGAUAACUGCAAUUCAGAUUUGAAUGCAGUUUAUUGCAAUACAACAAGAACAUGCUUUGCUAGUACAAAACGAUGCUUCCCACGUUCACGUGUUUGUUCACCAUUUUCUUCAUGUCCACAUGCGUCCAGUCUUGACAAACUUUUCUGUGCAAACAAAGCCCGAGUAGAACGCUAUGGUCCAUAG